AAAAGAGUUGUUAAUUAAAAUUAAAGUGCAAUCAAUACAAAAGUAAUUAAAAUAAGUAUGGGCUCUUGUACAUCAAAAGGAGUUCCUAGCUCUAAACAAAAUAGCAGGAAACCUUCAAAAUCUGAUUUCAAUGUAUAAGACCUCAUGCCAAUUCAUUAAAAUUAUAGAGGAUAGGAUAAAUAAAACUAAUAAUCUAAUAAUACAACGAUACAGAGGAUUAUUCCACCGAGCAUUAAUGACGAAAAUUAAUCUAUUUAGAUGCAUAAAAAUAAAAGACAUAUUAACUCUCAAUAGAAAUAUAAACAAGAAAAUUAUCAACCAGGUACAUAGAAUACACAUACGGACUGCGAUAUACAGUUUACUAGUUUUGAGGUUAAACCUUAGUGCUUACCUAGUGGCACUUUUGUAGGUGUAAACAACUUAAAUGACUCCUCUCAUAAGAAUAUAUUGAACGAAUCAUAAUAGAAUAUAUAAUAAAACUGCUUUAAUUAAAAUGAAAAUAAUUUAAAUCUGUAAAUCUAAAAGUAAAGCAGUUUCUAAAGUGGAUAAAAUAAAUCUAAUAAAGGGAAUGCUCACUUUUAGAAAAAAAUUAUAAAAGAUAAUUAUUUGCUUUCGAAAAGUGAUAAAAAAAAUUAAAAUAUGUCUCAAUAUUUAAAUUCAUUAACAAAAAAAGCUAGUUAUUAAGGUAAUAAUGUACAAGAAUUUUAGCUUGAUAAAGUUGAUCAAGAUAUAGAAGAAAAAUAAUUUGCAUUUAGUGGAAUUGGCAUUAUAAAAGCCUUCCAUAAUGGAAACAGUGCAAAAAAUAUUGUUAUUAACUAGAAUAAUUAACCCAAGAAAGAUACUAAAACGCUGGCUCAGUAUCAUCAAAAAAGAAUAGAAUCUAUGUUUGAUAAUUUAAUUAACAGAACCAGUGAAAAAUCUGUUGAUUUUUUUGAUGAACAUGCAAACAAUUUUAUUAUUUUAAAUACACAGGAGUGUAAAGAUCCUGCAAUUUCUCAAAGAAACAUUAAUUUUUCUUAAUCAAGUCCUUAUAUUCAUGCUAAAAACAACUAUAAUAACAAUUAAGAAGUAUAAUUGUUUUAAGGAAUCAGUGGAUUACAAUAAAAUAAUGCAAUAAAUAGUAAUACCAACUUCUUAUAAAAUGCAAGACAAAAAGGAGGAAAACCUGUACUUACAAUAAGUGCAAUAGACGAUAUUUCAAUCACGAAAGUUCCUUCUUAGUUAGUAAAUUAGCAAAAUAAAAUAAGUUUUAAUCACCUUUAAUUGAAUGAAAAAGAUAAAGCAUUACUAUUUAAGUAUGCUAAGAAUUGGAUUUAUUUAAGCAGAGCAUUCUAGCAAAAUGGAGAAUUAAAUGAUGCCUUAAGUUGUCUAUUGCCUGCUACUUCUUUAUUCUUACAAAUGGGUUUAUCUGAUUAUCUUGUUAUAGUUCUCGUAGAAGCUUAUGUUUGCUUUCUUGGAAUCCUUUGCUAAAGGAAAGAAGAAGAAAGCGACAGUGCAGUCAAAAAAAUAGAAUAAAAGUUUCUUUACAUAAGAUAAACUGUUCUUUCAUCUUAACACAUAGCUGCUUCUCAUUUAAUUGAUAAACAAUUUUCAGGAUCUUUUAUAAAUAAAUAAACAAAUCCUAUUUUAUAGCAAGAACCGUCUUAAAAAAACACAGAAAAGACAUUUAUUUUCGAAGAAUGGAAGAAUUAUAAUUAAUAAACUUAAAAUACAACUUUGAAAGAAGUUUACUAAAAUGAGUUGAUUUUCUUUUUAGAAAUGAUUUACACAAUAUUAAAAUCUCCAACAAAAUAAUUCAUCCAUAUAUUAAUAUCUUUGAUUGAUUACAUUGAGCAGUGUUAAUCUAGCUCCAUUUUAUACAAUCACCCUAACCUUAAUUCACUCUAUAGAGACUUAAAGCUACUUCAAAGUAAAAUGGUUUAAGGUGAUUCGAGUGGUUAGAAAUUUGAAAACAAAGGUAUGUAAGCAAUUUAAGAUGUUGUAUCUUAAUUAGAUUAAUAAUAAAUCAAUACAGAACAAAAUGAUUUGAAUAGCUUUUUGUAAUCUUUAGUUAAUGAACACUCAAAAAUAAUACUUAACUAGUUUGUAGAAGAAUCAAACAGAUAUAGCUUAAUAUAAUUAAACUUAAAAAUUAAACCUAUUGGCUUGGUUUUAAUUAAAUUAGGGCAUUUGCUUAGAGUUUGGUUGGAUUUAUCGCAGCAUGCUCUAUUUUUUUAUGAACAAGCUUAUAAAUAUGAUUCAAAUAAUUACGAAGCACUUUUUUAUAUUGCAAUAACUCUCAGGAAUUUAGAUAAAACUCAAGAAGCUAUACAAUACUAUAAUUAAGCUCUCGAAAUAAAUAAUUAUUACACAGAAUGUUACAUUAAUUUGGGAAAUAUAUAUCUUUAAGAGUAUCAAAAUAUUAGUGUAGCUGAAAAAUUCUAUGUAAAAGCUCUAAUUUCUUCUCACUGCAGUACUGCAUAAUCUUCUCUUGUUUGCAAAGGAAGAAUAUUCAAUCUCCUUGGAGAAAUUUAAAAAUAAAAUAACGACUAUAACUUAGCUUCAGUUUUUUAUUGUUGUGGAAUAUUCAAAGAUUCAUUAUAUGAAGAAAAUUAUUAUGACUUAAUAGAUGCUCUUAACUGUCUUUAGUUUGAUGUAUCAAGCUCUAUCAAAUAUUUUAAAAUUAUUAUUGAAGUUGUUUCCUUUUCAGUAUUUGAGAAAAGUGAUUGGUAGAGCAAGCUUCUUGUUUACUAAAAUUAGCUAAUAAAUAUACUGAAAAAAUCGAAUACAACAAAGUAUGACAUGAAUUAUAAUCAGUUAGAAUCUAUUGUCAUAAGUGAAGAUUCCUAUUAGUAGUUUUUAUAGACAUUUUAAAGCUAAACUAUUUAGAAAACUCAAUAAUUUAUACAGUGCUUACUUAAUAAAACUAUUGCACUAAAUAUCAAAGAGAUUGAGGAUAUUUAUACAAGAAAAAGUAUUUAGGAGGAAAGUUCAAAAGAUGAUAUUUAGUACUUAUCAAUACUUAAAGACUUUCUUUCUAAAAUAUCUUGCUGA